CCCGGCUUCGGAGGCGUCGGAAGUGCUUCCUGGAGCACUGAGGAGGUCGCAAGUCAUGUGACGACGGCUUUCAAGGGAGACUGUCUUUGAAGCUGUCCCCGAGCUUACAGCUGAGAGAACACCGCAGCCCAGAAAGCCGGGAGUGGACAUUGAUCCUGCGGGACAAAGGGGUUCGUCAUGGCGGAUGACCUAAAACGAUUCCUGUAUAAAAAAUUACCAAGUGUUGAAGGGCUCCAUGCUAUCGUUGUGUCAGACAGAGACGGAGUCCCCGUUAUUAAAGUGGCCAAUGAUAAUGCCCCAGAGCAUGCUUUGAGACCUGGUUUCUUAUCUACUUUUGCCCUUGCAACAGACCAAGGGAGCAAACUUGGACUUUCAAAAAAUAAAAGUAUCAUCUGUUACUAUAACACCUACCAGGUGGUUCAAUUCAAUCGUUUACCUUUGGUGGUGAGUUUCAUAGCCAGCAGCAAUGCCAAUACAGGACUCAUUGUCAGCCUAGAAAAGGAACUUGCUCCGUUAUUUGAAGAAUUGAGACAAGUUGUUGAAGUUUCUUAAUCUGGCAGUGGUUUUGAUGUACACUUUAUUUUCAUUAUGACCGACAAAAUAUCAAUCCAGCAAUCUUUAGACCACAACAGUCCUUGUAUCCGUGUACUUAAGAAAGGGUCCCUUUUCCCACCUGACACUAAAGAAAGAGCCCAUAGAAACAAUUUAUGGACAGACUGAUUGUUAUCUUUUCUUGUGUAGGGUCUUUUCUUGAUGUAGUGAGAUCUGGGGUUACCACAGAGAUGGUUCAGUACAUCACAGCUCCCAUGGAGUUAAUCCAGUCACAAAUAUGCAUGAGAUUCUAUGCAGUGGGUCAGAAUCAAAAUGGUACUUUGAUCCACUUGAGCCAUGAAGUGCUCCCUAUUAUAUAGUAUGCCCAGGCCUGCAGAAUGAGGCAGACCCUUUUUAUUGUGAAUAAUAAUGAGGACAUAUUUUUCUUUAUAUUGUUUUAUUUCUUUGCAUUGAGUGUGAGGAAGAUAAAAUGGCUUAGUAAAAGUAAUAAAAUCAGUACAAUCACUAA